CAACCGCUGACCUCCCCUGGGAGCGUCUGUUCCUCCCGCGGGUCCAGCGUCCCCGGAUCGCCCUCCAGCAUCGUGGCCAAAAUGGACAAUGAGGUUCUGGGCUACAAGGACCUGGCCGCCAUCCCCAAGGACAAAGCGAUCCUGGACAUCGAGCGCCCCGACUUGAUGAUCUACGAACCCCAUUUCACCUACUCGCUCAUGGAGCACGUGGAGCUGCCCCGGAGCCGAGAGCGCUCCCUGUCUCCCAAAUCCAUCUCCCCUCCUCCGUCUCCGGAGAGACCCUGUGGGGGUGCUGGGGAUGGAUAUAACAUCCCCUCUUUUCUCCCAGAGACGGAGUGGAGGAGGCGGAUGGCCUCCAAGAGAGGGGAGGAGGAGGAGGAGGACCUGACGGAGGAGAUGAAGAACCUGCGGGAGCUCCAGAGGCAGGAGCUGAGCAAGGUCACCUCCAACCUUGGGAAGCUGAUCCUGAAGGAGGAGAUGGAGAAAUCUCUCCCCAUCCGGAGAAAAACCCGCUCGCUGCCGGACCGGACACCCUUCCACACAUCCCUGCACAUGGGGAGCUACAAGAGCUCCUCGCUGCCCGCCUCCGGCAGGAGCACCCUCACCCGGCUGCAGUCGGCAGAGUUCAGCUCGGCGGGCAGCGAUAAGGGCAGUCCGGGCCUGCAGAACGGCCAGCGUGGGCGCAUGGACAGAGGCAAUUCCCUGCCCAGCAUGCUGGAGCAAAAGAUCUACCCCUACGAAAUGCUGAUGGUGACGAACCGAGGCCGUGUGAAGCUGCCACCCGGCGUGGACAGGACCAGGCUGGAGCAGCAGAGCUUGGACCGAGCGGUGCAAGGGCAGUGCAAGAGACCAGCGUCUGCGCUGCCCACCGGUGCCUGCAGCAACAUUCCAGGCAGCGCCCUGCCCUCGCAGGCAGGUGAGCAGGGGCUGGAUGCUCCACCACUGGCCCACGGGCUUCUCCCGGGCUUCCUUCCGCAGCAGCAGAGCUUGGACCGAGCGGUGCAAGGGCAGUGCAAGAGACCAGCGUCUGCGCUGCCCACCGGUGCCUGCAGCAACAUUCCAGGCAGCGCCCUGCCCUCGCAGGCAGCUCUCCGGGGCAGGGCUGCCAGCCCGCAGCGGGCGAGGGGGAGCCCCGAGCUCCGGAGCAGGGAUCUCUCCCGGUCCCAGCGCACCCUGACGCUGCCCGAGAGGAAAGGGGCUCGGGAUGGGCUGCAGAUCCUCAUCGGGAAGAGAGCCUUCCCCAAGCUGGAGGAGAAGGUGGGGCAGCUGGAGAGGGCCUGCCGCAUGAAGGGCAGGCUGAAAGCCGGCUCCGAGAUGAACCUGCUGGCCAUCGGCAAGUCGCUGAAGGGCCACAUCGCCGCCACCACCAGCUCUGCUGGCUCCGAGGGCUCGUUCCUCACGCCGCUGUUGAAGCGCACCGCGUCGGCAAAGAGCGCCCUGAAGCCAUCUCCCUCCCCGGUCAUCGUCGAGAAGGGAAAAGUGCUGCAGAAGAGAAAG